CAUACCCUACGGGCCACGGCCCAACCGCACGGCCAACAUCCACAUCACGGUGAGACGAGAUCUUCCCACCCCGGAACGAAGCGGCGGCACCAGCCGCGACGGCGGGCGCCGGGACUGGUUCAAGAUCACCAUCCCCUACGGAAAGAAAUACGACAAGUCGUGGCUGCUGAGUUCCAUCCAGAACCUUUGCAGCGUCCCCUUCACCCCCGUCGAGUUCCACUACGACCACAACCGGGCCCAAUUCUACGUGGAAGAUGCCACCACCGCCAGCGCUCUCAAGCAGGUUUCCCGUAAGAUCACCGACAGGGACAACUACAAAGUGGUGAUAAUUAUCAACUCCUCGGCUCCACCUCAGUCCCUGCAGAACGAGCUGAAACCGGAGGAGAUUGAGCAACUCAAGCUCUGCAUGAGCAAGAGAUACGAUGGUUCGCAGCGGGCAUUGGAUCUCAAGAGCCUCCGCGUCGACCCCGAUUUGGUGUCGCAGAGCAUCGACGUGGUGCUGAACCAGCGGAGCUGCAUGCUGGUCGUGCUGCGCAUCAUCGAGGAUAAUAUCCCCGAGCUCCAGUCCCUCAACCUGAGCAGCAACAAGCUCUACCGUCUGGAUGACCUCUCCGAGCUGGCGCAGAAAGCCGCCGGCCUCAAAAUCCUCGACCUCUCUCGCAACGAGCUGAAAUCCGACCGGGAGCUGGACAAAGUGAAGGGACUCAAACUGGAGGAGCUUUGGCUCGAUGGAAAUCCUCUUUGCGACGCUUUUCGGGACCAGUCCACCUACAUCAGGUCAGUGUUAGCCUUGGGGCGGCCCGAGGGGCCCGUGGGCCACCCCUGCUCCGACGGGGGGCAACACGUGGACGGCAAAUCCCGGGACUCGGUGCGCGCCUUCACCCGGAUGUUCAUCGCCGUGCCGGCCGGCAACACUGGGCUCUGCAUCGUUAACGACGAGCUCUUCGUUAGGAACGCCACCACCGAGGAGAUCCGCAAGGCGUUCCUCAUGCCGGCGCCCACCCCUUCCUCCAGCCCCGUCCCCACCCUCUCCGCCGCGGCCGGCGUCCUGUUCCCCCUGCGCGCCGUCCGGCGGGUGACAUUAUUACGGGGGGGCGCGGAGGUGUCCAUCAGCACCCACGCACCCUUCGGGUUGGGUUCAGGUCCCACCUUCACCGUCCCCUUACGCCACGUCUCCUGUCGGGCUCAUCGCUCCGAGGUACCGGCUGCCCUCCCCCUCAAGGUGAAGGGACGCCCCUUCUUCUUCCUCCUGGACAAACGGGGGCAACUCUGCAACCCCCGCCUCUUCGACCUCACCGUCGGCGCCUACCGCAACCUCUAG